AGGCUCAACUCUGAGAGACCCAGAUAUCCAGAGUCAAGGAUGAAGAUGACGACAAUGAUGAUGAAGAGUUUUGUGUUGCUGCUGUUGGCUGUAGGCUGCUGCGUGUGCCAAGGCCAGUCUACCUGCUCCAUGAUUCGAUGCAUCGAGUCCAAGGUGAACGAUCUGCAGACGAGACUGGAGCAGAGUGAGAAGGAAGUGGAAGACCUGAGAACCCUUGUCCAAGGCCGUCCUCAGGUGGCCUUCUCUGCCUCUCUCGGACAUGUGGGAGUCUUUGGACCCGUCUCGGAGGCCACUACUCUGCAGUACACUAUUGUCUUCUCCAACACUGGCAAUGGUUACAAUUCUACAACAGGCGUGUUCACAGCCCCGGUCAAAGGAAUGUACUUCUUCCGGUACUCCGCUUUCUCCAACUACCUUGUCCCCGGAAUUUCGGUUGUCUCCCUGUGGAAGAACAAUGAGGUGCUGGUGUCUACAUGGGACGACAAAGGACAAGACCCCCAUGACAUGGGUGGCAACGCGGUGGUGAUCGCUAUGGAGACCGGAGACACGGCCUACGCGCAGCUCAGCGCCAACGCGGCCGUCUUCAAUGAUGCAGGGCGCUACAACACCUUCAGUGGAUUCCUGCUCUUCACCACGUAGAUCCAACAGCACAUUUAACACGGCCCACUUCUUAUAUUUUAAAACGUGUCUCCUAAAGUAAAAGCAUAUGAAUAGCAGUUCGUUUUACUUUGGACGAAUGCCAAUAUAAUCGCUAUACCUGGCCUUCUUUGCUGUUAAAGUAAAAUGUCCAGCUGUAGGCUACCUGUCCAUUCACUUGGCUCAAUUUUCUGUCUCUGUCUCACAUAGUAUCUACGAUGGCGCAUUGCAUUCACUCAAUAAUAACAAAUUUCACCAGGUUAUCUCAUAAUUAUUAAUUAAUGAAAAGGAAGUGCUCCAGGAGGAAACAGCUGAAACAUGAGUCAGCAAAAACACGAGGCUUUCAUCCAACCAGAAGGGCUGUUCAUGCAUGUCCAGGCCCGUCACUAGGUUUGAGAGACAGGGGGGGCUUAGCCCCAGAGGAAGAACGCCAAAACAUUUUCAGCUCAUCUGCUGAGGAUUUGUCUAUGAAUUCAUUAUUUUAAGAGCAAAGAAAUCCCACACACUGUCCAUUCCACCAACAAAUUUGAAUACAUUGUUUCGGUCAUCCGACCUUCUUCAUGUUGUAUUAAAGUUUGUUGGUGGAAUGGACAGUGUGCAGGAUUUCUUUACACUUGAAUGACAACCCCACUGGGAUAAUAUCCUACGCACCUGCCCACCUACAGAGGUGUGCAAAAGCGUCUUCUUGAAAAAUUAUUUUAAGAGCACCAUACCUAUUUUUAAACACUAGUUACAGUGUUUUUUUUUUUAAUUCACAUUUUAAUGAACAUUCCUUAUAUGUAAGAUAAACAAAACAUUUCAAAAUGUUUCAACUGAUGAAUAUUAUGUACGGAAGUUAAAAUGAUUAGUAAAAAUGCAGAGAGAAUUUACACAAGAAUUUACACAAGGACUAGGAACUUUAAGGAGUCUCCAGGAGAAGCAGUGGUCAGGAAGCGAUUCAUUCAAACAGGUUCCUUACUUGGAAAACUAUGCAUCCCCAGCAGAUAUUAGGUCAUUUUUACUCCAUUAGUAGCUAUUUUAAUCAGUUCAUGUGUGUUUUCAAACUGUUAAGACAAAUAUUAAAGCUCAACUAUAAUUUCAAGACAA